GUUUGUGACCACCGCGGCCUACUGGGCCGGCCGCAGGCCUCGCCCUCGCUUGGAUAGCCCGCCCGCCUGCCUCACUCGCCGCCGAAGGAGUAGCGCAGCCAUGGCCUCGCGCAGCGCCGGGACCCUCCUAACCCAGAACAACGCGGUCUACGUGCCGCCGGGGCUCAUGCCUGGGUAUCGCGGACAUGUCCCCAAUGUGGCAUUUUCCUUUGGUGACACCUACGGAAACACUACCAUGAACUACUUCCAAGAUUUCCGCAGAGCCACCAUGGAGAGCAGCUGCAGCCCCUACAGCAAAGGGGGCCAGUUCCCUACCCUCUUCUCACCUGACCCAGGCCUGGUGCUUGGAGCCAGGGCCAGGGGCUACCGGUGGCUCCACACCCCCAACUACUCUCGCUACAAUUUGGAUAUCAACCGCUCAGAGGAACUGAAGGAGUUCUACAAGCUUGCCCAGAUGCAUCGCGAGCAUUACAGAGACAAGACUGGGACCAUCCACCGGGUCCCCUACUUUGUGCUGCCUGUGAAGGAGAAGGACAAGUACCCUCACCCUCUUGAUCUGUCUUGAUUCCUCUUAGCUCUUCCUAAAAGCAAAACCCAAAUGACUUGCCCUGUCCAGCCCUAACAACCCCUCCCUGUUCUUCAAGAAGGGUCCUCUUUGCCCCCACCUCCUCUCCUGCCCGUCAGGCUAUGCACCCAAGAUGUCGGGAGGUGCUUACAGCUUAACUGCGGUCCGGAUCCCUCCAAAGGAGAAACGUGGCUUAGCGGUCUUGAUGGAUGAAGUAACUGGGACUUGCAGGAGACAUUUGCACUUGGAAGCUCUGGGAGGGCACUUUUUGUGUGUGUCAGAGGGAGAAGCAGAUUGAUAGGAGAAGGGAAGGUCAAUAAAAAUGGCACAAAAUGGCCUUAUAGGGGUCAGGGAAGAGAGGAGUGCGUCCUCGACCAUACGGAGCUGCCUUAGACCAAGCUGGAGCUAGUAUUCUCUACUCUGACAGGCAGCAGCCUUCUGGAGUUUUAGGUGGAGAAAGGGCAUUCCCGCCACCUGUUUCCUGAUAUUCCUGCUACUCCACCUGGGCCCAUUGCAUGUAAAGCAGGUGCUCUGCCCCAGAGCUGCAUCUCUUCUCUUAGCACCCGGCUGCACUGACUCAGGCUCCCAACCUCUGUGAUCCGGGCUCACUGACCUGGAAUAACGACCUCCUCUUGGUUCUGUGUGCACAAGCGUAGAAGCAGAAUGGAAUCCCCGUUUCACCAGAUGGAUGAACGGGGAAAGGGGUGGCGGAGAAAUCCUGCAUGUUGGCUGAUGCCUAAAGGGUGUUAGCUAAGCCACCUUACCUGAUCAUAAGGAAGUGGCCUUCUUGACUAAAAGGGGCUGACUAAUGUUAGUCUUAUUCAGCUCCUUUCUGGGAGGUAAGAGCCUCCCACCCACCCCAUGCUAGUUUCCCUGGAAAACUUUGUCUCCUCAUUUUUUUGGUUUCCCCUUGCAAAUGCCCCACGUGCUACAACCCCCCCCCCCAGACUUCUUUCUGACAGUUUAGGGGAUAAUCGUUCAAGAGAGGGCAUUCUCUGUGGCAGCCCCUAAGCUAUGGCAUCCUCAAAAGAGUUGCUUCUGGCAUCUUCAGAUAUAGGUUUUGUCAUGUGCACCUCUUUACCCUGCCCUUUGAUGCUAUUAGGAACGGGUGAGAAAUUCAGUUUAGUUCCCAUUCCAAGCCGAAUCUAUGAAAUUCGCACUUUCCAAAACAAUAUGAGAACCAGAACACGGCCGUCCUUCGAAAUUCACACUUGUUCAAAUUUUGCCAGCCAAACAAUGUUUACAAAAAUGCAUGUUAGGGGAAAGUGAACAUAAAAAUGAAUAUAUGAGGGGAAAUAAUGCACAGAAUGCAUAUAUGAAGAGAAAUUGCUUGCAAGAAUGUGUACAUUAGUAAAACUGCCUACAAAAAAUUGUUAGGAAUUCACACUAAAAAGCUGAAGAAUUUUCAUGAGAAUUUUUUUUUAAAGUUGCAAAUUGCUGCGGAAAUGUGAGAACUGAAGACUGGAAAAAUGAAAAACAGAGAGCCAAUGUAUAUGUGAUCUACCCUUUUCUUCUGAUUGUAAAUUGUUUUAACUGAUACAAAUGUUGUAUUUUUAUAUUCUUGUAACCCGUCCGGGGACCUAAUGGUGAAGGGUGGGUAAGAAAUUGGAUAAAUACUGGUAAUAAUGUUUCUGCGCAUUCCUCUCACCUGCCUGCUGAUUUCCCCUUGCAAAUGCCUCCACGCCCAAAUUAGUUGCUACAAGAGGUUGGAAACAGCUUGUAUUUCCCUCAUAGCAUGCAGUUCUGCCCUCAGAUUGCAAGCCUUGGGGAAGGCCAAGUCGCUCAUUCCGUUUGUGGUACCACACCCACAGAAUAAAAUAUAAAGCCUUAAAUGGCCGGGGUCUAAUAUAUCUCAGGCUACACUUCGCCCUGCAUGAACUCCCCCGUGACCCUCACCUAAAGGGCCCUUCUGCCACUUGUAGGGAAGAACAGGAUGUUCCCUCCAGUCCUCGCACAACCAACUUUGCUUUGAGAUUCCUCUUGGCCACCUCUCCCUCACUGGUGUGUGUUUGAAUACAUUGUUUGAAGACUGUAGCUAUGGCUUUGUUGUAUCAUAGUUCACGCUGGAUGUAAUUUGGUUGAAAUGAUGCUGCAAAUUUGUUGUACUCCACUUAGAGCUUAUGUGAAGCACACAGGACAUGUUUUUGAAAUGCAUAAGUACAUCGUAAGGCCUUUCAGGGAAGGGGAGCUGUUUAAGAUGAGACAUGACAGUAGCAGAUCCCGGGACCUACCCCAGUUGUUUUAGAAAAAGGGGAGGGAGUCCACUGUUAACAACCUGGAAAUCAUUGGAUGGAUGGAAGAUGCUUUUAAAGGGUAACUGGGUUUUAGAGUGUUUUAAAAGUGUAAGUGAGUUUUACAGUGUUCUUAACUAUUUUUAGAAUGUUCUUUUUGUUGCUGUUCAUAGAAUCAUAGAAUCGUAGAGCUGGAAGGGGCCUAUAAGACCAUCCAGUCCAACCCCCUGCUCAGUGCAGGGAUCCAAAUCAAAGCAUUCCCGACAGAUGGCUGUCCAGCUGCCUCUUGAAGGCCUCCAGUGUCACAGAGCCCACCACUCUUGGGAAUUGGUUCUGUAAUUGUUAAAUUGUUUUGUUAUGUUUGCCACCCUAGGCUCCUUCAGGAGGAAGGGUGGGAUAUAAAUUUAACAAAUAAAUGAAUAAAUAGCAUAAGGGUGAGGCAUUCAGAUCCCCCCCGUCUCCCUCUCACCGCUUUUCUUCUCAGCUGAGCUUGGAUUGGGGAAGAAAACUCAGCAGAAAGUAAAAGCGCUCAGGGAAGAGGCCUGCAGGAAGUUAAGCCAUUCUCAGUGGAAGGUUCCUCCCCGACUCAACCCUGCCGCUUGUGUUUCUGGCCAUGCCUGCCUUUGUGGUGGCUGGUGCAGCCAUGCCAGUGGGGCAAUGAAAUCUGCUCCGGGUUUGAGGCCAAACGUUUAAGGAGCUGUCCACGGUGCUGGAGCAGAUCCUACUGUCCCAUCGGCAUGGAUCCACCACUGCCUGACCCUUGGAAUUCUCAGUGGCAUUCCCCACCUGCCGCUUUCCCCUUGCGGCUGGCGUCCCGGCUGAGAUGCUUCUGUCACAAACUCACAGGUGUGGCACCCUGGCUGGGGGGCAAGUGGGUGAGGGGUGGGGGCAGUUGGAGGCGAGGAAGCCCUUCAGCUCAUGUGAGGACAGGUACAGAUAACCCUCAUGAAGCUUCUAGCUCACAGAACACGCUUCUGGUUUGUAUUUGUUAAGCCUUCCUGUCUGAGAAGAUUAUUUGUUUCCUGAAAGCUCAUGUGUGUAAUUUUAACAUGUAACCUGGAAGCUGGUUCAUGUAAUUUUAAAAGAUUUAUGAAAGACUGCUUAGGAAUGCCCUUUGUUUCCUGCUCCUUGCUUAUUUCUAUGGCUUGCUUUGAAUAAAGCUCACCAGACUUU